AUGCAUGACUUAGGAUUGACGCGAAAAGUCUUAGAACGACGAGCUCGAGAGUCGGCCGAUUUUGAGCUGCGCGAUUACUACAGGCGAUUAAGCCCAUACUACUCGUACCCCGACCAGCUAGUAUUUGUCGACGAGACGUCCAAGGAUGGACGUGAUUCAAUUCGCAAGUAUGCGUGGUCGAAGCGCAACAAAAGGCAAUUGUAG